AGAGAAAUGUCAAAGAAAUUGAAGCCAUUCGAAAUUUUAGAGGAUUCGUGUGCAUCAGUAUGUAUUUGGCUUAACGGUGAACCUACGGCAAUCAGCAAUCGCGCUGAAAAUUUAUGGAAUAAGGCCAAAUAUCGAGUUGCAACUGAUGGAGCUGUUAAUGAGAUUCUUAAAAGAAAGAGUUUCGUCGAAUGGCCUCAUAUUAUCUGCGGAGAUUUCGAUUCAAUAAAUAAACAGAUUGAUACAAAAAAUGCAAAAGUCGUCCAUCUGCCUGAUCAAGACUACACAGAUCUCUCGAAGAGCGUUCAGUGGUGCUUAGAGCAGAAAACACUAACAAGCUGGGAAUUCGAGAAUAUCGUUGUUCUAGGAGGUCUCAAUGGACGAUUUGAUCACACCAUGUCAACGUUAUCAUCUUUAAUAAGAUUCGUUGAUUCUCAAACUCCUGUGAUCGUUUUGGAUUCUAGAAAUUUGGUUCUCGCUGUUCCUACAGGGGAUUCAAAUCUUGAUGUCAAUCUUGAAAUGACAACAAAAAUGUGUGGAAUCAUUCCAAUUGUUCAAAAGGAGACAAUCGUCAGUUCAAUUGGACUAAAAUAUGAAAUGGAAAACCUUGCUCUUGAAUUUGGAAAACUUAUCAGCACGUCGAAUGAAGUUACCACGAGCCAAGUAUUUUUGAAAUCUUCGUCGUCUCUGAUUUUUUCAAUUGAACUUGAAAAUUGGGUCUACAAACUUGAUUCUCUAUAGUAUCACAUUUUAUGGUCCCUCUUAAUUCACAACUUUUCAUUCCUUUGCUAUUCAACUGUUCUAUUUUCUUUUUAUUCCAUUUUUCCUAGUUUUCACCGGUACUAUAUAAUUAUCUACAAUAUUAUAAUACACUUUAUUCCCUGUACCAUUUUGUGUUGAAAACGAAUUAAUAAAAAUAAAAACGAAUUAAUAGUA